AUGAAGCUCACAACCGCCACCAUCACUCUGGCUUUCGUAGCCCUCACAAGCGCUCAAUACGAUGUCGAGUCCAAAGACUUCCGCCUCGUCCUCUCGUCGAAGGACUCCACAGUCAAUGGCCAAACUCUCUCAGCCUGCCACACCGGCGCAGCAAUUGAGUCGCUCUGCCUCUCCGGCAAACCCUCAACAUCCAAACCCGACCCCAUCGCAGCCGCAACCUUCCGCUUCAACACGUCCUCCAACGUCGAGACACCCUCAGAUGGCGAUGUCCCCGGCAUCCUCACCUACAAGCUAAACGCAACCCCGCCGAUCCCCUCGUCGCUAGAGUUCUUCUACGACCCUAUAACGAACUAUGCGCUCCCGCUGCUGUUCCCGGGACAAGGCGCAGACACGCAGACAUUGGCAUUCGACAGCAAGAACCUGUUGAAUAAGCAGGGCUACGUGAACUACAAGACGAGUCCGCCGACCGCUGGUAACACUACGGCGUAUUACAGGUGGUACGCAUGCCAGACGUACUUCUCUGGGUAUCAGUAUGUGAACUUGGUGUGGGCUUUGGGAGAGGGAAAGCCGGAGACGCCGGGGUGCGCGAAGGUCGAUGUGAAGAGGGUUUUCAUCUAG